AUGCCUCCACAAAUCAAACAAGAUUUGAAUCGCUCGGGAUGGGAAACUACAGACUUCCCGUCGGUCUGCGAAAGUUGUUUACCAGACAAUCCCUACGUCCAAAUGAUCAAGCAGGAUGCUGGCGAACAAUGCAAAAUUUGUACUCGUCCAUUUACAGAUUUUCGGUGGAAACCGGAUAGAACUGCACGAAGCAAGCGCACAAAUAUAUGCCUCACAUGCGCGCGCCUUAAGAACUGUUGUCAAUGCUGCAUGUUGGAUCUGUCAUUCGGGCUUCCUAUAGUAGUUCGAGAUGCAGCGUUGAAAAUGAUUGCGCCUGGGCCACAGAGUGAAGUCAACAGAGAAUAUUACGCACAAAACCAUGAAGCUGAAAUAGAAGACGGGCGAGGAGGGACCGAAGCAUACGAAAAGACCGAUGAAAAGGCAAGGGAACUGCUGAGGAGACUGGCAAACAGUCAGCCAUAUUUCAAGAAACAACGAAGACUCGAGGCGCCUAGUGACGAUGCGCGUGGAGAGGGAGCAAGCGGAACUUCCAUGGCGUUGACAACAGGGGGUCCAGGGCCCAUACGAACACGAGAUACCAGGGGUGGUGGAGCACCCAGAGGAACUACGAGAGGUGGAAGAGGAGGGGCACGAGGGGGGAGGGCGUUUCCAAGUGCAGCACAAUUACCACCUGGACCGCAAGAUAUAGCCCCUCCUGCAGAUACCAGUAUCCAGUCUCUUUUUGUUACCGGUGUUGAGGAUGAUCUGCCUGAGCAUAAGAUCCGAGAUUUCUUUACCCCAUAUGGCAAGCUUCGGUCGUUAGUCUGCUCACAUAUGUCACAUUGCGCAUUUAUUAAUUACGCAACGAGGGAGGGUGCAGAAGCGGCAGCUGCGGCAUGCCAGGGAAGAGCAAUUAUUGCUGGAUGUCCUUUGAGAGUUCAGUGGGGUAGACCAAAACCAAUUGGUACGAUGGAUAAGGACGAAAGGGCAGCAAUUGGAAGAGAAGGUCGGCAUGCUUUCGCGAGCCCUUCGCAGAAUGGGAAUGCAGGCGGUAGGCAAGGAGGAGGCUACCUUCAACCAGCACCUCAAGACGAUUUGGCGAACAUGACUGCUGUUGCGGCGCCUCCUGGAGGUGACGAUGUUCAGUAUGCCAGCUUAGCAGGAAACUGA